GCCACCCAGAGAUAACACGGGAAUUUCCUAUAAGGACUUUUCUAUUUGUAGGCCGUGACGAGCCCCGCACCACACACCCACCACCACCAACCUCAGCACACCAAAGGAGAGGAGGAGGAGCAGCAGGACAGCCAUGGCUUCGUCAGUGGCCGCCGCGGCGAGCACAUUCCUGGGCACCCGCCUGUCGGACCCGGCGCCGCAGAACGGGCGCAUCGUGGCCCGGUUCGGCUUCGGAAAGCCGAAAAAGGCUGCUGCCCCCAAGAAGGUGUCCAAGAUCUCCUCUGACCGGCCGCUGUGGUUCCCCGGCGCCGUGGCGCCCGACUACCUCGACGGCACGCUGGUCGGCGACUACGGCUUCGACCCCUUCGGGCUCGGGAAGCCCGUGGAGUACCUGCAGUUCGAUUUGGACUCGCUGGACCAGAACCUGGCCAAGAAUGAGCCCGGCGUCGUCAUCGGCACCCGCUUCGAGUCCUCCGACGUCAAAUCCACCCCGUUGCAGCCCUACAGCGAGGUGUUCGGCCUCCAGCGGUUCCGCGAGUGCGAGCUCAUCCACGGCCGCUGGGCCAUGCUCGCCACCCUCGGCGCCCUCUCCGUCGAGUGGCUCACCGGCGUCACCUGGCAGGACGCCGGCAAGGUGGAGCUGGUGGACGGGUCCUCGUACCUGGGCCAGCCGCUGCCGUUCUCCAUCUCGACGCUCAUCUGGAUCGAGGUGCUGGUGAUCGGCUACAUCGAGUUCCAGCGCAACGCCGAGCUCGACCCGGAGAAGAGGCUGUACCCCGGCGGCUCCUACUUCGACCCGCUCGGCCUGGCGGCCGACCCGGAGAAGAAGGAGCGGCUGCAGCUGGCGGAGAUCAAGCACGCGCGCCUCGCCAUGGUCGCCUUCCUCGGAUUCGCCGUGCAGGCCGCCGCCACCGGCAAGGGGCCGCUCAACAACUGGGCCACCCACCUGAGCGACCCGCUCCACACCACCAUCUUCGACACGUUCGGAGCAUCCUCUUAAGCCCGCCAUUAAUUGCUCCGCCCUGUUCGUCGAUCGAAACGUGUUCUUAUAAAUUAACUAUGAUCUCUAUGAGCCUGGAGAGAUGGAUGGAUGAACCCGUCGUGCGUGGUUUCAUUUUGUGAUGAGUGAGAGAGAGAGAGUGUAUGAGGGUUGGGGGCAGGACGAUCGAUCCUUUGCUAAUGGAGAUCUCGUUAAUUAGGAGAGCUGCAGCAGGGACUUGGUGAUUUGUAAUAUAUGAACCAGUGAUGAAUUAAUGCAUCAUUCACUUGUACACAUCUAUCUUGAGGUGACCCAGGAUAUAAGAUGCGCCAUGGUUAGUUUUGUUA